AUGGGUUCAAUCAUUCACGAACCUAUUCAUCGAGAAUUACAUGAAGUAAAUACAGAGACAAACAAAGUGGAUAUCAACAGAUGGUGUUUAACUCGUUAUUCUCCUUCUGUUCAACAAUACAAUACAAUCAUCUUAUUUUUUCAUCUUAUUGGUCCAUGUAUUAUCAAUCUUGGUUCUGCUUUAUUCAUCAUAUUUGGAUUAGCCCAACAACGAUCAACAGCUCAGACAAGUCGAACUCCAAGAGAACAUAUUUAUAAUCAAUUUAGUGAGCACAAACAAUUAUUAAUUAGUCCAAUUAUUCUUCUAAUUCUGUCCUUACCCCGUCUGAUUAUGUCAAUGUUAUCAGAAUGUAUCAAUCCAUCUAACCAUCGAUUAUUAUUUAUUUUUGGUUAUUUUAUUUCAUUUACUCCAUCGAUGCUUAUCUUUAUUAUCUUUGUCCUUCCUUCAGCAUUGUACAGAAAAAAAUUUCAAGAAACAUUCAGACGACCGCGACGAUUAAUUCAUUCAUAA